AACAGCUCAGCUGCGUAUAACUAUUUCUUCUUCAUUUCUUGCGUAAAUAAUCUUCUUCUCUAUAUCCUCUCUUAGCCCUCACUCAAUUCCCCUCUCUAGAUCUUUUUCCUGUUCUACGAUGGCGACCAGUUUCGCUCCUGUAUCAAUCUCAGGUGGAUCUCAUCUGAAGACACAUGAGCUUUGCUCCUCAAAAUCCUAUUCGUUAGGAAAGAUACCAAAACUGGCAGCUCUAAGGAAGUCAAACCAGGCGGGUAUGAAUCGCAAGUUGUCAGUUCGUGCAGAAUACCAUGAUGGAAGUAGGGGUGGUGGUGGUGAUUUUGUUGCUGGUUUUCUUUUAGGAGGCGCCAUAUUUGGAACUUUAGCUUAUGUUUUUGCUCCUCAGAUCAGAAAAGUCGCUGCUAAAUGAAGAUGAAUAUGGAUUUUCGGAGGGCCCAAGCGAACGAUAUAUUAUGAUGAAGUUGGA